AUGGCGGACAGGGACACUCCCAGGCGCACGGGCAAGCAUCGUCCCAAGGACGUCCCUCACAUGACCGACGAGCAGAAGAAAGCUCUCUGCAACGUACCUGACCUGUACAACGACCCGCGCAGCCUGGUCCAGAUCUGGCGCGACUCGGGCGUUCCCUACCAGGAACAUGUCAUGCCACCGCCCACAGCUCCGCGCGCUCACCUCCAGCACCGUCGCCAGACUAGCGGCAGCCAGGCCUCGUCCGCUGUCCCUUCUUCCGGCUCCGGCUCCGCUCGCACCUCCAUGUCCCAGGCUCUUGUCCCUGUGGCAUCUCCUCCUCGGUACAACAACCAGCAGACUGGCAACUACGCCAACGGCGCUUACAACCACGGCAACCAUGUUACCGGCACUUACCCUCAGUCUUCUACCGCCUUCGCUACCAACCAGCAGCAGCAGGCUGGCAUCCAUCCCGCCUCCAGUAUGGGCGACCCGGCUACUGCGUACUUCGUCCCUACCCAGACCAACACCAACACUACCGCUACCAAGGCCGUCAACGCUGAGAACUUCCGUGUCAACCACGGCAUCGAAAUGAGCGACUUCCUUGCCAAGAGUUCCGAUGCUGAGAUUGGCGCCAUGAUCCGCCGUAUGCUCCCGCAGCCCGGCGCCGCCGAGAAGGAGCUCGCCAAGUUCUAUAAUACCAAGAGGGACAGUGAUGACGACGACCUGGACGGUGGUGUUGGCCUCGAUGGUCUUGGCCACCGCCGCAACCAUACCCGCUAA